UGGCGGAAAACAUGGCGUACGAAUCAAGUACUGUUUACACACUGAUAAUUUACUUCUUUAUCACUGAUACCGUAUUAUCUGAUAAAGUUACUAAACCUGGAAAUGUUCUUAUACUUUUGGCGGAUGAUGGAGGUUUCGAGCUCGGCGCGUACAUGAACAAGAUAUGCCAAACUCCGAACAUCGACGCCCUUGCACAGCGUGGUCUACUCUUCAACAAUGCCUUCACUUCAGUUAGCAGCUGUUCUCCAAGCCGCGCCGCGCUGCUCACGGGCACGCCGAGCCACCAGAACGGCAUGUACGGCCUGCACCGCACCGUGCACCACUUCAACUCGUUCGACACAGUCACCAGCCUGCCCAACCUGCUGAGCGCGCACAAUGUCACCACCGGUAUUAUUGGCAAGAAGGACGUGGGGCCGGCAGCACAGUACAAGUUUGACUACGAGCAGACCGAGGAGAACAACCACGUGAACCAGGUCGGCCGGAACAUUACGCACAUCAAGCUACUCACCCGGGAGUUCCUCGCUAAAGCUAACCGUGACAAAAGGCCGUUUCUACUUUACGUGAGUUUCCACGACCCGCAUAGGUGCGGUCACACGGACCCGCAGUUUGGUCCGUUCUGCGAACGAUUCGGUUCCGGCGAGGAGGGUAUGGGGCUUAUACCGGACUGGCAUCCUAUUUACUAUCAAUGGGAGCAAGUGCAGCUGCCUUACUUCGUACAGGACACGGAAGCAGCUCGGAGAGACAUCGCGGCACAGUACACGACCAUGUCGCGGCUAGACCAAGGAGUAGGACUGGUGCUGCAGGAGUUACAAAGCGCUGGACACGCAGACGACACUCUCGUUAUAUAUACGUCAGACAACGGCAUCCCGUUCCCGUCCGGCCGCACCAACAUGUACGACCCGGGACUACGCGAGCCCUUGAUCAUCGCCUCGCCGGACCCGCACGCGAGGAAGAAUGAAGCAUCGCAUGCGAUGGUCAGCCUGCUGGACGUCAUGCCUACAGUACUGGACUGGUUCAACAUUCCGUUCCCGCAGGAGACAAAUGAUAUAUCGCAGCCGGAUACAGCAAAGAGCUUACUUCCAAUUUUAGAAAAAGAGCCUCCGCAUUCGGAGGACGAGGCAGUGUUCGCGUCGCAGACUCACCACGAGGUCACCAUGUACUAUCCCAUGAGAGCAGUGCGCACGCGCCGCUAUAAGCUUAUACACAAUCUCAACUUUGGAAUGCCUUUUCCUAUAGACCAGGAUCUGUACGUUUCACCAACUUUCCAGGACCUGCUGAACCGCACGGCGGGCAAGCAGCCCCUGCCGUGGUACAAAACCCUCGCCCAGUACUACUACCGGCCGCAGUGGGAGCUGUACGACGUCCGCGCUGACCCCGCGGAGACCAGGAACUUGCACGGCAAGCCGGCGCUGGCGGCCGUGGAGGCGGCGCUGCGCGCGCGGCUGCGGCGCUGGCAGCGCGCCUCCGCCGACCCGUGGCAGUGCGCGCCCGACGCCGUGCUCGAGCGCGCCGCCUGCCGCCCUCUGCUGCAUCGCUAGGACACGUCUUUACUUUUACACGCCCUAGCUCAUUAUUAUACACAAUAAUACUCACUAGACUAGUUUAUUUUCACAACAGAUGUUUUUUCAUGUGCUUAAUUAUAAGAAAAUUGUAGCCCACAUUGUAAUCCAAAUUCGAUAUGUAACUUGAUAUGGAUCGGGGCGUUGGACAGAAACACUACACACAAGUCACACAACUAAUGUCAUUCUUUAUACUAUUUAAGAAAUAAACAAUAGUGACAUGUACUGCGGCGUUGUCUCUCGCAGUCGCAGCAGCUGGGUUACUCUGUAACUUUCAAUUGAAAAGUCAUUGCUCGAGCGAGAGUAUUCUCACAAACUCACAACCAAUGCCAUGGCGGACCGCGAUCGAAUUCACUUCGAUCUUUCGCAUUGACAGUUACAGAAUAACCUAGCAGCUGUCUGGGCUCGCUACUGCAACGACAUUGACAGCUUGAGGGAUCUCGACAUAGCAAAUAAAACUACGUCAUAUAGAUGUUUGUGUCUAUUUGUUGAUUUCAACGUUAUACAUAGAUACGAGUACACAUUAUUUAAACAUUAAAAUUACAUUAACAAGUACCGCGCAGGCAACUUGUUUCUUGUAUGUCUCCCACACUUCUAUAGUCUAAUAACUAUAUAGGAACGUUUCUCUAAAGAGAACGUAAGUAUUUACUUUACAGCUCAGAAGAAUCGCAAUUAUAAAUACACUGGCUUCUGCCCGCGUCUUGUGCGAUACAAAGUACUCACAACACACAGGCAUGUGUUGCUCCAGACCAUAAUCUUGCGGCACGGCGGACGGUGAGCAUGGUGGUUUUUAGUCAGUAAGA